AUGGAACCCUUACCUUACUCCUUUCCCUUGAUCUCCCAGCUGUGCAGCCUCUUGCAGAACCCAGACUUCCCCACACAACUUUCGUCCGCGAUUCAAGCAUCAGGACGAAGUCCCAGAGAUGAUUUAGGUCCCACAAAGGAGGCAUCCUGCCAGCAUGAGCUGAUGAACAGUACAUUUUUUCUCCGUAUUGAAGCUUCCCUUUGUUCUGGCGCGCCAUCUGCACCGCGGGGCAGCUCAUUUGUCUUGGGUUGCGUUGACCUAAACGACGGGCGUGUCAUCCCUUCGCACCAGUUGACUCCGGCUGCCUCAAAUAUGAUAGACGAUAAGCGGGAUACCACAGUCGCUCCGGAUCCAAUCAUAGACGACCAUGACUCACGUUCCCCAAAGCGAAGGAAGACCGUCAGUGGUCUUCGCCUGGCUGUGUCUAAUCAACCAGUCGCCAUUACAGGGAGCGAGUCCCAAGGUGGUGACCAUGCUGCAACAGAUCCAAAUGGCACAGUUGGCGAUUCUCAAAAGGCAUCCGUUCGUCAGGUUCACAGUGACACGAGGUUUCCGCAACGCAAAAACCCAAGCCGAGAUACUUCUGCUCCAGUCUUAGAACCUACUUCAACCGACAAACUUAUCGCAGGGAUCUGGAGACAGGUGUUUUCGCCAGUCCAAUUGAGUCGAUUCCAUUCUACUAUAGAGCCCGGUAUAGACAUCCGCACUGGCGUUAGUGGGGAGGUGUUCCGAGCAGUCAAUACCUUGUGCUUAAAGUAUUAUAACCAAUGUCAAUCCUCACGCGCGCUGGAGAUGAUAGUGCAAGCAUAUUGGAUCGAGUGUUACGAGGCUCGUAUUACCGUCCUUCGCUUAGAGAACCCUAGCCUGUCGGCUAUGGAAGUCCGAAUGAUGGGCUUGAAGGAGGCAUGCACAGUUCUUAAUUGGAAAGAAAAAGAUCUGCGCAACCGAAUUGCUAUUUGGCGCGGCUAUAAGGAAAUCAAAGAUGCUGGCGGCUGGGCGAGCCUGAUAUUCGCUAGCGCCGGUGUAUACCGAUUCUGCAAAUACCGUACUGGAUUUGGAGAGGGCUUCUCCACGCGCCUUCGGCAUAUACGAUCUAGCUUGGAGGUCGCAGCUGAUACACUGCAUCCGGGCUGGAGGGACCUUCUUCAAGUAAUUGGACUAAGAGAAACACGACAGUACCACGGCCACCCACACGAAUGGGUAACGGUAACUGGAAGACCAGCAGUCCCCUUAUCUGCAACGUAUGAGCAUACCCAGCUGCCGAAUGGCUUCCACUAUCGCUUUAUUGAUGAUUGUGUGCUUGAUACUUCUGCUUUUGGCACAGCGGAUCCUCGGCGGGUGCCGGAAUUGGAUCCAGAUGUUUGCUUCGUGUGCAAAGAGAGACAAUCCGAUGAAAUCGAGAAGAAUCAAUGCUCAUGUUUUCCAACGUUGUUUGGAGGCGUGCGAAGCCCAGUCCCAGUGCAAUUAUUCCACACAACAAGCGGCAAGAACAAUGGGGUCAUAGCUCGCGGUAACUUCGACCGGGGUAUUGCCAUCGGUGAAUUCAAAGGUCUCAUUACUAAAGGCAUUGAGGGUGUAGAUGUAAUGUUAGGCGGUACUCGCACAAGAACUUACCAGAUCUUUCAGGGGCAGAUGGGCAACUUCACCCGGUUCAUCAACCACUCCUGCCGGCCAAACAGUCAGUUUCAGCGAUUCUACUGGCGAGGUAAAGAACGCAUCAUUGUCGUAUCUCGAGGGGUUACGGCAGGGAGUGAAAUCACCGUUGACUAUUCAGAUCAUUAUUGGAAACAAUUGAACAAGAUGUGUCUUUGUGGGGAGCCCUGUUGUCGGUUCCGAGAACUUAAAUAA